AUGUACGAUCCCGAGUACCUCAAGGUCAUUGAACCCAUGGUCAAAGCAGCUGCUGCGAACCCGCCGCCACAGCCGACGAACUGCCUUGAGGUGAGGGCCGUGUUUGAGGCCCUGAUCACUCAUCUGCACCCGUCGUCCGUCAAGCGGUCCUUUCGCGAGACGCGCAUCGAUGUGCCUGGCCGCAACGGCCAUGUCGUGCCGCUGUACCGCUUCGCCACGGCCGAGCAGCUGGCCCGCGGCCAGAACAAGCCACAACCGGCCGUGCUGUAUAUUCAUGGCGGCGGUAUGAUCUGCGCCACCGUCCCCCUCUACUCGGACACGCUGGCCCGCCAGACCGCCGAGUUUGACGUCCAGCACUUUGCCGUCGACUACCGCCGCGCGCCCGAGGCCUCUGCCACCGACCUGAUGGACGACUGCUACGCUGCCUUGGCCUAUAUGUCCGGCCACGCGGCCGAGCUUAAGAUUGACCCGGCGCGCAUCGCCAUCGCCGGCGACUCGGCUGGCGGCGGGCUCGCAACCGGCCUCGCUCUUAUGGCCCGCGAUCGCGCUCUGCAGCCUCCACCGGCCAAGCUGAUCGCCAUCUAUUCUAUGCUCGAUGACCGCACCGUCCAGCGCCACCCGCCCAAGGGCGCCGCCGGCUUCGCACCGCCCGGCACCAGCAUCGCCGACGACGAUGCCUGGCCUAAGAGAUCUGCGCUUACCUGGAACACCGAGAUGAACGCUAUGGGCUGGGCAGCCUAUCUUGGCUUUGGCAGCCCGGGCAAGGAUGGCCCAAUCGAGGCGGCCUCGGCCCUUAUUAAGGCGACAGCAUCGUCAUCUCCCGUGGCCCUGCCCUCAUCCAUCACUCCCUACUCCGUUCCUGCCCGGGUCGACAACCUGGCUGGCCUGCCCAGCACUUACAUCGAGAUCGGCUCGCUCGACCUCUUCGCUGAGGAGGCCGUCGCGUUUGCCGCCAAGCUGCUGCGCGACAACGUCGACGUCGAGCUCCGCCUACUGUCCGGCCUGCCUCACGCCUACGAUCUAAUGGCCCCCGCGGUGACCGCCGUAAAGGCAGCCCGUGAGACGCAGAAGCGAGCGUACAACAGCUUCUAA